AUGAUGAAGAGCUUCUGGUUCUUUGCUCAGUUUCUUCACGUCUUCUUGGUCUUCUCCACUCUACUUGCCUCUGUGGCAGUACAAGCAUUCACUGGAGCCUAUGGAAUAAAUUAUGGAAGAAUUGCAGAUAACAUCCCUUCUCCUGAUAAAGUUGCUACUCUUCUCAGAGCAGCAAAGAUAAAGAAUGUCAGGAUAUAUGAUGCUGAUCACAGUGUUCUCAAGGCUUUUAGCGGGACUGGGCUUGAUUUAGUCGUAGGACUUCCAAAUGGAUACCUGAAAGACAUGAGUGCCAAUGAGGACCAUGCAAUGGAUUGGGUUAAAGAAAAUGUGCAGGCAUUCCUUCCUGAAACACGCAUCCGUGGGAUUGCUGUGGGCAAUGAAGUGUUAGGUGGGACCGAUUAUGAAUUGUGGGGAGCUCUUUUGGGUGCAGUUAAAAAUAUCUAUAAUGCAAUAAAGGAGCUAGGAUUAACUGAUGUAGUUCAGAUUACAACUGCCCAUUCACAGGCUGUUUUUGCUAAUUCCUUCCCUCCCUCUUCCUGUAUAUUCAGAGAUAAUGUUAAACAGCAAUACAUGAAGCCACUUUUGGAGUUCUUCUCAGAAAUCGGGUCUCCUUUCUGUUUAAAUGCUUACCCAUUCCUUGCCUACAUGAGUGAUCCGGAGAACAUUGAUAUUAAUUAUGCUCUUUUCCAGAAAACUCAGGGGAUUUCUGAUCCAAAGACUGACCUUCAUUAUGAUAACAUGCUUGAUGCUCAGAUUGAUGCAGCCUAUGCAGCAUUGGAAGAUACUGGAUUCAAAAAGAUGGAAGUUAUCAUUACAGAGACAGGGUGGGCUUCACGUGGGGAUGACAAUGAAGCUGCAGCUACAGUAAAUAAUGCCAGGACAUAUAAUUAUAAUCUACGUAAAAGGCUAGCAAAGAAAAAAGGGACCCCUCUCCGGCCAAAGUCUGUAGUGAAGGCGUAUAUUUUUGCCAUAUUUAAUGAGAACUUGAAACCGGGGCCAACUUCUGAGAGAAAUUUUGGACUGUACAAGCCUGAUGGGACCAUUGCAUAUGACAUUGGGUUUCAUGGACUUGUAUCAUCAUCUGCAGAUUCGUUGCGCUUAUCUUCGAAGGAUAUUGGAGCUCGAGGCUGGUCUCGGUCGCAAUACUUGAUAUUACCAAUCUCUAUGGCAGCAGCAUUUCUUCUGUUUUUGAGAUGA